GCCUACAAUCAAACGCAUGGACGUGAAUGCAAAUUAGUGUCGGACUGGUCUCAUUGCAGCUUCUUCAUCACUUUAAGGUAAUCGUCCGUCAGAGAGAACAGCAGUCAGCUGUCCCCCGAGUGACACGCCCAUCCAGCCAACCUCUUCUCAGGACUGCUUUUAGUGAGCCGCUCACAAGCUCCGCGGCACACAGUAGGAAAAGCAGAAGUGAGCGCGGAAGAACAACAAGUUUGCCACGGACAAUGUUGUUCACGAUACUCUUGCUGUUGAUUACAAUUCUAGCGCUUUUGUUGCGCUACAGCGGUCGCUCAAGCAGGGACAAUGAACCUCCGCUUGAUAAGGGCCUUAUCCCCUGGCUUGGACAUGCCCUGGAGUUUGGAAAAGAUGCUGCAAAGUUUCUCGCGCGGAUGAAAAACAAACACGGCGAUAUUUUCACAGUAUGCGUGGCUGGUCAGUACAUCACCGUGUUGCUGGACCCAAACAGCUACGAUGAUGUGCUGUAUGACACCGACUCUUUCGACUCCAGACGCAGCAAAGGGCUCCUGAUGGAAAAAGUAUUUUCUCUGGUGCUCCCCAGCGAUAACCCAGAGAAAGAGAGGAAAUGGAUGGAAGGCCAUUUUCAAGGUGUGGGUCUGGAUAAACUGCAGUCGUCCAUGGACAGCCAUCUGCGUGACCUUCUUCUGGCGGACCAGAGAGGCUGCGGUACAGCCCAGUGGAGAGAGGAGGGGCUGUUUGACCUCUGCUACGGACUACUCUUCAGGGCUGGCUAUCUGACCAUGUUCACCAGGGACGAAAACGCUGACGCCGUCUACAAACAAUUCCGCAACUUUGACAAACUUCUCCCCAAGCUGGCACGCUCCUCCCUCAAGGGAGAGGAUAAGAAGUCCGUCACCUCUUCCCAGGAGUCUCUAUGGCAACUGUUGGCUCCUGCAUUGCUGGAAGGAGGACGUGACGCAGGCUGCUGGCAGGAGAGCUACCAACGGUAUCUGGGCGAGGCAGGGGUUGACGCCGAGACCCAGAGGAAGGCAUUGCUGAUGCACCUAUGGACCACCCAGUGUAAUGCCGGUCCCGCCGCCUUCUGGUCGCUGGCUCUCCUGCUUCGUCACCCCGAGGCCAUGCAAGCGGUGCUGGCGGAGGUGAGGGGAGUGAUGCAUGAGCACUCCCUACAUCACCCCACUCAUGAGCGGCUAGUCACUCACAACACACCUGUGUUUGAUAGCGUUCUGAGGGAAACUCUGCGGCUGACUGCAGCAGCGUUCAUCUCCAGGGAGGUCAUGGCGGACGGCAAGAAGCUGGGAGUGAGCGGAGGCCUGGAGUACUGCCUGAGAAAAGGGGACAAAGUGCUCCUCUUUCCAUUCCUAUGUCCCCAGAUGGACCCGGAGAUACACCAGCAGCCAGAGAGUUUUAGGUACAAACGCUUCCUGAACGACGACAUGAGUGAGAAGCGGAUCUUCUACAAGGGCGGGAGCCGUCUAAAGCACUACAACAUGCCGUGGGGAGCGGAGCGCAAAGGCUGCGUGGGGAAGCAGUUUGCUAUUAGCACCGUUAAAAUGUUUGUGUUCACGGUGCUCAGACAUCUCGAGCUGGAGAUGUGUGAGCCCAGCGACCCUCUGCCUCAGUUCAACCCUCAGCGCUACGGCUUUGGAAUGCUCCAGCCCAUCGGAGACCUGCAGGUCCGCUACAGAUUCAAGAGGAAUUGACAUGGUUCCAGAUGUCACAAUCCCUCUCUCUCUCACUCUCUAUCUCUCUCAGUCGCUCUCUCUCUCUCUCUCUCUCUCUCUCUCUCUCUCUCUCUCUCUCUCUCUCUCUCUCUCUCUCUCUCUAGAUUACAUUAGUUUAGAUUAGAUUUAUUUAUUGACCUUGUUCAACAGAGUUAACAACAAAAUUAUGUUUAGAGCAUCACCACCACCACUGGCAUACAAGUACAUGAUAGCAUACAUAACCCACUAUAAAGAUAGAUCCCCCAUAUGCUAAAGUAUAUAAAUAUCUUAAUAAUAAAUAAUAAUAACAACAACCCAAAAGUUAAACCCUGAGGGGUCCCGGUGUUCAUGGGCAGGGUGGGGGAGACGUGCUUGCCAAUCCUGACAUGUUGUGUGCGGUGUGUUAGAAAGUCCAAAAUGCAGUUGCCUAACGUGGUGUUCAGGCCAAGUUUGUGUAGUUUGCUGUGUAGCUCUCCCUCUCUCUCUCUCUCUCUCUCUCUCUCUCUCUCUCUCUCUCUCUCUCUCUCUCUCUCUCUCUCUCUCUCUCUCUCUCUCUCUCUCUCUCACCCUCCCUCUUUUAUUUUUUUUUAGAUUCUUUUAUCAUUUCGUUAAGGCCAAUAGCUACGAUGCAAUUGUAAUUUGUAAUUUUGUAUUUUUGUAAUUUGUUAUUUUGUAAUUUUUUCAACUUUGUAUGAUACUUAUUUAUUUUAUUUGAAAGGCGGACUGUGUUGUUUGUUGCUUUUAUAAUGGCUGUCUCUUUAAUAAAAAGAAAGAUUGGAUUUACA